AUGGAGUUUCCGGUGAUGGUGACGGCAACUGCUAAUGAACAACAUGCCAAAACCCUCAGGCUUUCACUUAGAGACAUAAAAACAGGCGUAGAUAACUUCAAUGGUGACCGAUGCAUUAUGAGAGGAGGAUAUGGGAUGCUUUACAAUGGGAAAAUUCAAUAUCAUAAUAGACAUAAGAAAGUUGUUGUAAAGCGGUUUAGUCCCGAUCGGUAUUUAAACGGUGUGUGGUUUUCAUCGGAACAUGGUUUUUUGAAAGAGUUUGAAGUUCUUUUCAAGUAUAAACACGAGAACAUCAUCGGUAUUGUAGGCUAUUGUAAAGAAAUGAAUGAAAAAAUCAUUGUUUACGAGAAUGCCUCUAAAGGAAGUCUGGAUAGGUAUUUGAAUGAUACUAGUAUUACAUGGACCGAACGUCUUAAGAUAUGCAUUGGUAUUGCAAAUGGUUUGAAGUUCCUUCACGGAGGUGAUAUAGAGGAAGAUGUGGUGAUACAUAGAGACAUAAAAAGUUCCAACAUUCUACUAACCAAGAAUUGGAAAGCAAAAAUUAGCGGUUUUGAGCUUGCCUUAACACAUCCAACAAAUGAGGUAGUUAAGUAUGUCAUGAACCAUGUUGUAGGCUCACCAGGCUAUUGUGACCCAAUGUAUUGGGAAACACAUAUACUAACCAAAGAAUCCGAUAUGUAUUCAUUUGGUGUGGUUUUGUUUGAAAUUUUGUGCGGGAGAUUGGCAUGUCCAAAGGACUUCAAAAAUAGCAGUCAGUUUUUAGACAUUUUGGUUAAACGUCACUUUCAAGUAGCACGUCUUGAUGAUAUAGUGUUUGAGGGCAUAAGGGAGCAAAUUGCGCCAAAGUCAUUGAGUACAUUUCGAAGAAUUGCAUUUCAGUGCUUAAAUGAGGAGAGAAAAGAACGACCCACGGCUAGUCAGGUGAUGGUACAACUUCUAAAGGCUUUGGAAUUUCAAGAGGCUUAUGAAAUACUAGAGGGGUCCAAAUUGCAAAGUAACUACAAAGCAAUACUUCGGUUUUCAGAGUCUCCUGAGAUUUACUCCGCAAUGGCGAAAAGGUAUAUUAACGACAUCAUCUCUAAGGGAAUCCUCCUUGAAGAGGACAAACGGAAUUGGUUCAACGAAAAAGAUGUAAACUUGAUCAUGCUCUACCAAGUGGUGAAUGAUCAAGCUGGUUUUAAGAAGUAUUUCCAAGUUAUGCAGAACAAACGAAUGAAGAACAAGAAGGAUGGGAACAACAAUCAAGAAGCUGGACCAAGCAACACAAAAGAAGGUGCAAGCGUGAAGAUAGAAGAAAAUGAUGAUGAACCGGACUUGGUGACUAUCCUAGAGGUCAUCAGAAAGAACGAUGGGUAG